GCCUUUCUUCCUCUUCCACCACCGCUCGUCCCCAGCGGCGGCGGCAGAACCGAACCCCGGCCGGUGCGGUGAUGGACCGGGAGCACGGCGCGUCGGCGGCGCUGUGGGGGCUCGGGAACCUCCCUCUCCUAGCGCGCGCGGGGUCCAAGGAGUCGUUGGAAUACAUCCUGCAGGCACUCUGGCGCACCCGCCGCACCGGCCUCGACGCCGCCGACCGCGCCGUGGCCCGCGAUGCCCUGCAGCUCGCCUCCGACGCCGAGCUCGACCCCCUGCUGGUGUGCCUGAGGAUACUGAUCAGGCGGUGCGUCAGCGAGAACGUCUCCAAGGACGACAUCCCCAAGCUCUUCCCCGAUGAGGUGCCGCCCGAGUUGCAGAAGCUGCUCACGUUGCUGCUGCAGAAGUUCCAGCCAGAGUGGCAGGAGGAUGCUUCAAAGGAUCGGGCAUCUGCACAGCAUUCCUGCACUGCAGAACAUCAGUUGAACCAGAAUGGGGACACAUCAGAGCAGCCAGCUGCUCCUGAUGCAGAGCAUCAAAAUAGUACUGCAUCUGUUGAGGAUUCUAUAAAAUCAGGAGAGAAAGAAGUGAAGAAGUUUCCAUUGGCUAAGGAUUCUUUGGAUAAAAUGCUCAAGGACUUAUUCUCAACCAAGGACCACAUGCCAAUUGCUCUUAACUGUAAGACAAUGACAAUGGUCAUGAAGAGGUAGCAGGAAGCACUUCUAAGACGUGACGGGAUUUGGCAACAUCAGUAGUCUUGCUAAUCUGUCACUUGUUAGUAUUUUGGGAUAUCAAUGCUUCCUUGUGUUAGUUCGCUCUAGAUUGUUGCGGCAAUAGGAUGUUCCCGAGCCCUGACUUGUAAAGUGAAAUGUUUUAAGUCCAUUGCUGUUAUCGGUGCCAUUGCAUACUGAAACUGAUUCUUCCAUUUACAUUGCUAGGAUGGGAAGAUAUGUCCUCACGUGCGUCCAGCUUAUAAUGUGUUCUUCGGCAUCUCUAAUUCCUACUCCCUCCGUUCCAAAUUGUAAGUCGUUUUAGCUUUUUUAGGUUCAUAGAUAUUAUUAUGCAUCUAGAUAUAGUGUAUUAGAAAAGUCAAAACGACCUACAAUUUGUGCGUCCAGCUUAUAAUAUGCUCUUCUGCAUCUCUAAUUCCUACUCCCUCCAUUCCAAAUUGUAAGUCAUUUUAGCUUUUUUAGGUUCAUAGAUAUUAUUAUGCAUCUAGAUAUAGGGUAUUAGAAAAGUCAAAACGACCUACAAUUUGGAACCGAGGGAGUAUAUUUGGAACCGAGGGAGUAUAUGUUUUGUAAUGUUUCAAUCAGCAGCAUUCGUUGGAUCAUUUUCAUGUUUAA